ACACGACCGCAACGGUGCAUGAGGCAGUUUUCAACGCACCGUGCAGCCACCGGAGCCACUCGCGAUCCAACCAAAGACCCUAUCCAAAACCAGAGGCAAGCCAAGACGCAAGCUGCAAGCACGCGCUCGUGCCCGCGCCAUGAAGUGCUGGUGCGUGCACUCGCCAAGGGGAGCAAUGGCGACGCCGCUCUCCAGCCCCUUGGCUCCCACCGCCCUCCGCUCCCCUCUCCGGCACCGCGCCCUGCUGCUGCUGCUGCCGUUCCCUCCCCGUGCGGCCUCCUCCGGCGAGGACACCGCCGCAGCAGCCGACCAGGAGCCAGCCCCGGCGGCCACCAAGACGGCCACCGCGGACGACGACUUCGAGGAGCGCGUGCUACGGAUCAAGUCCCGCGUCGGGCCCAAGAAGCGCGGCGCGCGCAAGAAGAAGGCCGCGGCGUCCGCGUCAGCCAGCGCCGUGACGCUCCCGCCCGUGCCGCUGCGGGAGCCCCGGUCGGCGCUCGGCGCGCCCGUCGAGCUCGGCUUCACCGCGUACAGCGAGCGGCUCAACGGCGCGCUGGCCGCGCUGGGGCUCGCCGCGGUGCUGCUCGUGGAGCUGGGCUCCGGGCAGGCCCUGGUGAAGUACCACCAGCCGGCCACGCUGUUCCUGCAGGCGUACACCGUCGCUGCGGCCGCCGCGCUGUUCGUCAAGUACGAGAAGGAGCGGAUCAGCACGUGGCCGGGGCCGCCGGCAAAGUGAGAUAAAUGGCGUUGUCUCGGUCGCGGAUCUUUACUUGUACUUUUACCUCUUGAUGAUGUGCACUGCACGGAUAUUAUAUGUGUUCGUUGUGAGAACUGGGAAAUUCGAGGAGAGAAGAAGAGCUUGAUUUUUUACAGUCCUUUUAACGCCCAUAGUUUCAUUUCAUUUCUUUCGUCACAUUAGGCAGGUCCAGCCUCCAGCGGCAGGCGGUUUGGUCGGUUCGAGUGUUUUGCUGCGUUCGUCGGUUAUCACGGAGAAUAUCCAGACAGUUGUUGGUUCGAGAACAUUUCGUUUGUGAAUUUUGGUGUUCGGAAGAUUGUGUAAAGCUUUGAGAAGCAAGUUAAAAUUGUGCAUGCAUAGAUUUUUUUA